AUGUCGAUGUUCCAGAGUCCGAGAAAUGCAAUGUUCGCGCGGGUCGGUUCGGCGGUGUUCUACGGGUUGUCCUCGUUCAUGAUCACCGUCGUGAACAAAACGGUGUUGACAUCGUUCGAGUUCCCGUCGUUUCAAAUACUCGGCAUAGGGCAAAUGUUGGCCACCAUCGUGUUGCUGUUGGCGGCGAAGAAGCUGCGCUACGUCGAGUUCCCUAACCUAGAAGCGGCAACGUGCGUGAAGAUAUGGCCGUUGCCGAUCAUAUACAUCGGUAACAUGAUCUUCGGACUGGGGGGGACGAAACAGCUGAGCCUGCCGAUGUUCACCGCCCUCAGGCGUUUUAGCAUUCUGAUGACGAUGAUCGCCGAGUACUACGUGCUCGGGGUGCGAGCGCGCGUUUCCGUUCAGUUGAGCGUUUACACGAUGAUCGUUGGGGCAGUGGUGGCGGCGUUGAACGAUCUCGCCUUCAACUUGGAAGGCUAUCUGUUCAUCCUGUUGAACGAUCUCUUCACGGCCGCCAACGGCGUCUACAUGAAGAAGAAGUUGGACUCGAAGGAGCUAGGAAAAUACGGACUGAUGUACUACAACUCGUUGUUCAUGAUCGUCCCGGCGAUCAGCGUCGCCUGCUGGCUCGAGGAUACGCGUUCGAUCGUCGAGUUUCCGCAUUGGAACAACGCGUUCUUCCUCGCACAGUUCGGCCUCUCGUGCAUCAUGGGUUUCAUACUGUCCUACAGCAUGAUACUUUGCACGCUUCACAACUCGGCGCUCACCACCACCAUAAUCGGAUGCUUGAAAAACAUAUGCGUCACUUACCUCGGAAUGAUGAUCGGCGGCGAUUACAUUUUCACCUGGCUAAAUUUCGUCGGACUGAACUUGAGCGUGGUCGGUAGUUUGGUCUACACGUGGGUGACCUUUCGAAGGAAAGAAUUACCCACCGAGCCCAAGUAUUUCCCGCUCUCGGACGAUCAGCUGAACAAAGUGCAAGCCAGAGAAAAAAAGGAGGAAAGAUCGAUUCUGAUUCGUCAGUUUCAGGCUGGCUGGUUCGAAGAAUGUCGAGCGACGCUGCUGGCUGUUGGCCGGCGUCCUCGUUCACGGCGGAGUACGCGAGACACCGCGUGCCCCUGUCGCCGGUGCAACGCGCGAUUUUAGCCGCCGGCGCAGCCGCGAUUUCGCUCGCGGACCCCUUUCGCGGUGACAUGAUCGCCUGCUUGGCAGAAACCACCGGCACCGACGCUCUCUCGUACUGCCGGCAGCAAAUGCUCGCCACCUCCGAGGGAUGCCGCAUCCUUGCCGAGAAACCACGCAUAUCCUCGUCGACGAUCGAUUUCCCUGCGCUAAAGCGAUUGCCGCCAGGAACCCUUGGCAGGAUCUAUUGCGAUUUCCUCGACGUUAACAACGUGUCCCCCGACUCUAGAACGGCAGUCAAGUUCGUUCAAGACACCGAGUUAGCGUACGUGAUGCAACGAUAUCGCGAAACGCACGACAUCUAUCACGCUCUGCUUUUAAUGCCAACCACGAUGCUCGGGGAAGUGUCGGUCAAGUGGAUAGAAGCGGUGCAAUUGCGAUUGCCCAUGUGUUUCAGCGGAGCGAUAUUUGGAGCGUUCCGGUUGCGUCCGAGGCAACGAAAAUUAUACGUCGAUCAUCACCUUCCAUGGGCUAUCAACACAGCAGUCGGAGCGAAAUUUCUGCUGGGUAUUUACUUCGAAGAACGUUGGGAGCAGCCUCUCGCCGAUUUUCACCGAGAAGUGAACAUCGUCCCUUUGGUUGAAACAGUUGAUCGUGUUAGCGAGAGAGACGAUGAGAUCUGAAACUUCUCUUUUGCACCACGCUACAAUAUGAUAUAUAGUCAAUUUGUUAGAUAGAGUGUAUAACAAUUUUUUAUUUUACCGUAACGUUGGAAAUAUGAAGAAUAUAAUUUUUAGUGGGAUA